AUGGACCUAGGACGUGGGAUGCCUUCCGAAUGUGCCAAAGCUGAAGAAGACCUGGCAUUGCCUAUGGAUGAAGGUAUUGUGCAGUGCGUCUACUUCACAAAUGAGCCCCAGCACGAGCCCUUGGACACCAGUCAUGCUCUUGAAAAGCAAGCACCCUGCAAUGGAGAUCGGUGUAUUCAUCAGGCUAGUGUUGCAGAAUUGCUGCGCAAGCUAGAUCUGGCUCAGAAGAGGAUCAGAAAGCUGGAAAAGGAGUUGGAGGCUGUUCUUGGCAGCAAACUGGGGAAUCUUGCGCCUGAUCAAGUACUCUGUGUAAAGAAUCGUAACGCGCAUGGAAACAGGUGGAGUAACAAGACCGUACAAAAGGCUCUUCAGAUACGGUUGGCAUGUGGAACCAGAGGAUAUGAGCUCCUCAAGGACGAGGUAAUACCUUUGCCGUCUGAAAGAACACUCCAGAGACGCAUCGAAGAGGUCAAAUUCGAGCCAGCGCUCAAGUCCAAGCUGGAGACCAUGCGGCCACAAGAAAAGCACUGUGCACUUCUGCUGGAUGAGAUGCAGGUCACUGCUGGGUUGGACUUUGAUCCAACAGUGAAGAAGCCAAUCGGUCUGGUGACCAUACCACCUGCAAAACCUGGAUGCUCAAGUGAACUGACAUUUGCCACACACGGCCUAGUAAUAAUGCUAACUGGACUUUCCUCUCGCUGGAAGCAGGUGGUUGCCUACCACUUGACAGGCAAGCACAUGCUUUUACAAAUUCAUGCUUAA